AUGCGCCACGGAGAAGGAACUUCAGCCUCGGGCUCAGUCAUCCUCUUCGAUUUAGGUCUCUACACCCCGGAUGGAGAACGAGACUUUACUGAAAUCAACGCUGGUGUGGAGCCAGACAUGCAUGAAUUGAUGCUCGUGGAUGAUGCAACCGCAAUAAUUACGACAUGGUUCGAUACCAAGCCUUGGAAUUUAUCGUCUGUUGGUGGUCCUUCGAAUGGACAUCUGCGCACAACUGGGUUCCAGGAAGUCGAUAUAGAGACCCAAAUUGUGAACUUUAUGUGGGACCCAACAGACUACAUUGAGAUAGAAGCCUCACAGAUGGAGCUUGGGAGAAGAUGGGGCGAUGGCAGCAGUCCUAAAACUGAUUGGGAUUAUUUGUAG